AAAUCCGACCUCGCCACUCGCCUCUGCAACAAUCUCGCUUCUUCUUCUUCUACUCCUACUCCUUCGCGGCUCAAACCGGCUCAACCGGUAAAGCUCGAUGAGGUUAGGGUUAGGGUUGGUUCUGUCACUGCGGGACCUAGUCAAGGAAUCAAAGGAGCUCGGCCGCCGGUCCUCGCUCCGCCGCCUGUGGCGGGGCGGUCGGUGGCGGUUGAUUCCACCUCAACUUGGGAGCUUUUGAAGUCCUCUGCUCCACUUGAAGACGAAGUCGUAGCACCUAACACUACGCGUUUGGGAGGGUACGCUGAAACGACAAGCUCUUCUUCUUCUUCUUCGAUUUUUUCGGAAGAAGAGGAUAAGAAGCAGAACGAGAAUGAGAAUGAUAUCGGGAUUGUUCGCGCAACGAAUGUGAUUCCAGUGUAUAGUUUUUUGCCGAGAGGGAAAUUGAGACGGAGUAUUAGUUCGUGGCAAAAGGGUGAGCUUCUUGGAAGUGGCUCUUUCGGAACCGUCUAUGAGGGCUACACUGAGGAUGGCUUCUUUUUUGCUGUAAAGGAGGUUUCGUUCCUGGAUCAAGGAAGCCAGGGCAAGCAGAACAUUUCUUACCUUGAGCAGGAGAUUUCACUUUUAAAGCAAUUUGAACAUGAGAAUAUAGUUCAGUAUCUUGGCACGGAAAAGGAUGAAAGUAGGAUUUAUAUCUUCCUUGAGCUCGUAACAAAAGGGUCACUUGCCAGUCUUUAUCAAAAGUAUCGCUUGAGGGAUUCUCAAGUCUCUUCUUACACAAGACAGAUUUUGAAUGGAUUGAAGUAUCUUCAUGAUAAGAAAGUGAUCCACAUGGACAUCAAAUGUUCUAAUAUAUUGGUGGAUGCAAGUGGAUCUGUAAAACUUGCAGAUUUUGGGUUAGCAAAGGUAACCAAAUUGAAUGAUAUUAAGUCUUGCAUAGGGAAUCCAUUCUGGAUGGCACCUGAGGUUGUUAAUUUAAAGAACCGUUUCUACGGGCUUGCAGCUGAUAUAUGGAGCCUUGGAUGUACUGUGCUGGAGAUGUCAACGCGUCAACAUCCAUACUCUCACUUGGAAGGCGUGCAAGCAUUGUUUAGGAUUGGCAAGGGUGAACCUCCUCUAGUUCCUGAUUCCUUGUCAAGAGAUGCCCGAGAUUUCAUCCUCAAAUGCCUACAAGUUAACCCAAAUGAUCGGCCUACGGCAACUCAACUAUUGGAUCAUCCAUUUGUGACUAGACCUCCAAAUUCCUUUGGACCUGCUUCUCCUCACAGCAGCAUACAGUUAUAAAAGCUUAUGAACAAUCUUUGAUGUUUGUAUGUAUGUUUUGGUAAGCAAGUACCACUGAUUCCGCCACUCACUGCAGUUCUUAUGUAAAUAAAGAAAUACAUGUCACAUGAAUUUUGUGAUUAUGGAAAUUUCAGAAAAAGUUGUUGAAGAUGUUUGUAGAA